AUGGCAACUGCGACUGCGCAAGCUCGGGAGAUACUCUCUAAAGAAGAGAUCCAAGCCCUCCUGCUCGAAGCCGAGCAGCGGCUUCUAAGGAAUUCUUCAGACAAUAGCAAGGUUGAGACAGAGCAAGCUGACCAUUUGGCAUUAACUGAGAAACCGCAGCCUGAGGCACGAGUACGUAUCCCUACUUUGAAGGUUGAACGCUCUGCAAAACCUUAUGUCUCAGAAGUCAAUGGUGUAGCAUUGCUGGAUGAAGCGCGAGCGGUUCCGGACCAGCUGAAAAAGCUUUCAGAAACCAUUCGAUCGGUUGAACAACCUAAGCCGGAAAAGGCCAAAGAAAAGCCCACCGCCGGCCCAGACUGGUUUGGACUCCCCAAGACAGUUCUCACCACAGAGCUCAAGCGGGACCUCCAGCUCCUCCGCAUGAGGAACGUUCUUGACCCGAAAAGGCAUUAUAAGAAAGAAAAUGGCAAAGCCAAGCUUCCAGAGUAUUCGCAGGUUGGUACUAUUGUUGAAGGUCCAACCGAGUUCUUCAGUGCUAGGAUCACCAAGAAAGAUCGCAAGAAGAAUUUCGUCGAAGAAGCCAUGGCUACCGAAGAAGAAAAUGGCCGCUUCAAACGUAAAUACAACGAAAUCCAGGACACGAAGACCAGUGGCAAGAAGGCUCAUUACAAAGCCCUACAAGCUAAGCGGAGACGAGGCCGGAAGUGA